AUGAGAGGACUGACUCUGUGGCAGAUACUUAUCAUUGCCAUUUCUUUGUGUGAGCCGGUUUAUGCCAAGGAGUACAGAGUGCAAGAUGCGCCCGAGUGUGCUAUGAAAUGCCUCGACAAGUUCCUCGAAAGACCGAUAUUCUCUGACGCCAGCAUCGAACGCCUAUGCAACGUGACAACGGUCAGCGACAAUGUUCUUGUAUGCGUUAGAGGGGGUUGCAGCGUGAAGGAUCUCUUGGCAAUUCUCGCAGCGAUACAAACAAUAAUCAUGAUUCUUAUCGCUAUUCUAGUGACAUGGUCCGGUCUAGGACAUGACAUCUGGACGAUAAGCGAAGAAACUACAACCCGAUUCUUCAUAUAUCUCCUUGUCGUCGAAUUCACAUACGUUCUCAGCUUGUGUUUAAUCAAACUGUCGAUCCUAUUCUUUUUCCUCCGCAUUUUUCCCGACCCAACAUUUAUCACAAUCAUCAGAUGGACCAUCGCACUUACUAUUCUCUCCACAACCAUCAUCUUGGUUCUUGCAGCCCUUCAAAGCGCCCCUACAGAGCCGUCACAAGAGGGCUGGGAUGGGUUCCCCAAUUCAGGGCCGCGUCUCGACAUCCAAGCUCUAAUCCUCUCUCAUGCUGGCAUCAAUGUUGCAUUAGAUAUUUGGAUGUUCGUUCUUCCGUUAACUCAGCUGUAUAACCUUGGUUUAAAGGCGAGAAAGAAGAUUGGAAUCAUGCUCAUAUUUGGCGUGGGAAUAUUUCUUAUCGCUGUCAGCUGCAUUCGGAUACCGCACAUGUUGGACUUUAACAGAACCCUGAACGCGACGUGUAAGAUCCCCAAUCCUUUCCCUGAUACUUGA